GCGCUGCGCGCAGCCCAGGGCCCUGCUCGGCUGACAGCCCCGGCGGCGGCGGCGGCGGCGCGACUCCGGCACAUGCCGGCGCUAUGCAGGGGGCCCGCCCGUCGCGGCGCUCGCGGAGCCCCCGCGCAGCCCCCCGGCCGCUCUGGCCGCCGCCCGCCCCGCGCCGCCGCUGAUUGCCGCCCGCCCCGCGCCGCCCCCGGCCCCGGCGCUGCCCCUGCCCCCGGCCGCCGCGGCGCCCCCGCGCUCCCAAACUUUGCAAAGUGCGGCAGCGGCCCCCCGGCUCGGCGCGCGGCGGCGGCGGCGGCUGCAGCAGGAGGCGGCGGCGGAGGCGGAGGCGCGGGGGGGCCGCGGGCCGGAGGCGGCGGCGGCAGCAAAGAGCCUCGAUUCGCGCGGCGCGGGGAGCCAUGCGCUGCGGGCUGUGAUGUCCGCGGAACAGGAGAAGGACCCCGUCGCGCUCAAGAGGUCCCGAGGUGGUGAUAGUGGAUUGGAUGGGUUAGGAGGACCAGGAGUACAACUUGGAAGCCCAGAUAAGAAAAAGCGCAAGUCAAAUACUCAGGGGUCAUCUUUUCCUCCUCCAUCUGAAUAUGCUCCACCACCGAAUCCAAGCUCUGACCACCUUGUAGCUGCCAAUCCCUUUGAUGACAACUAUAAUACUGUCUCUUAUAAACCACUAUCUUCAGGAAGUCCUUAUUUUAGCAAUCCUGGUUAUCCUGGCUUUGGAGGCUAUAACACUUUCAGAAUGCCCCCUCACAUGCUGCCCAGAAUGUCCUCACCAUAUGGCGGUUCCUACUCACUCAGAAAUCAACCACACCCACUCCCUCAGAACCCCGUGGGAAUGGGUUUUAAUCGACCUCACUCUUUCAACUUUGGUCCCCAUGAUAAUACAGGUUUUGGAAAUCAGCCAGCUUAUAAUAGUGGUCAGAUGCCUCAAAAUGUCAAUAUACCCAGCCAACAUUUCAGACCUAAUCCUGGUGAGAACUUUGGUCACAUUCCUCCACAAAAUUCUAAUCAAAUACCACACCCUGACCUGCCAUCUAACUUUGGGCCUGGAAAUAGUCAAAAUUUCCCAAAUUCCCAGUUAGAUUCAAACCAUUCUUUUGUUCCACCCCCCAGCACAUAUAAUCAAACAAAAACAUCAGCACAAAAACAAGACUUUAGUCAAGGUGCAAACAAAACCUCCAGCCAGAACACUACUACUCAUCAGCAUCACCACAGAACGGAUGAUAUUGUAAAUCAAGGUAACACUGAUUUAAAAACAGUUAAUCGAAACAAUGUAGUAAAUCAAGACAACAACCAUCCUAAUAACGGUGAUAACACUAACAGUCAUACUAAUGGGACUCAGAACAAGUCCCGUCAGGCUAGACCUGCAGCUGAAGGAUGCAACUCUGAAAAGAGCAGCAAAACACCUCUCCAUCCCAGUCGUCAUGGUCAUUCAUCCUCUGAGCCAGUCUAUCCAUGUGGAAUUUGUACACAUGAAGUUAAUGAUGACCAGGAUGCCAUCUUGUGUGAAGCUUCUUGUCAAAAAUGGUUUCAUCGGAUCUGUACAGGGAUGACUGAAUCAGCGUAUGGCCUUCUUACUGCAGAAGCAUCAGCAGUAUGGGGCUGUGAUACCUGCAUGGCUGAAAAGGAUGUCCAGUUGAUGCGCACUAGAGAAACUGCUGGGCCACCUACAUUGAAUACUGAUGGGUGAAGACAUGCUUUGAUGUGGUGAGCUAUAGAAGUAUAGCUGUUAAUUACGUACUUCAUCUUCUGCAGACAAUCAAGCUUUGUUUGAUUGGUUCUUUAUGUAGUCUAAUUAUUUCCACUCAUUAAAUUCCAUCUCAGUUUCUGUACUCUUAGUUUAGGCUUGCGAGUGUUGAAACUUUGAUCAGAAACACUACAAAACAUUUGAAUCUGCAAAACAUGACUGAUGUUUAUUUGAUCACAAGCAGGUUUUGCAUAUUAAAAAUGUAUUUACUGAAUUAUUGAUGUCAGAACUUACGACUCCAUGAAUACAAGGUAGCAGUAAGUUCUGAGCCUUGACAGUACUAUAUAUUUGAAGCAUUAAUUUUGUGACUGUCCACUACUGUUUAGCUGAUGUCAGUGCCAUGCCCCCUUUAAAGGAAGUGGCAUGAAGGAAGAGGAGUAUUUAUGAUUUUUAAUGGUUUUACAGUGAAUGCUAAAGAUUUGAAAUGUGCUUUAAUAUUUCUGAAAGGAUGACAUAUCCUGUUUAUUUUAAUAUUUGUGACAUUUACACUUAAUACAAUGAAACCUCAGCAAUCCUCUCAUAUUCAUAUUUCCAAAAAAAGAAAUGUUUCCUGAUUUCUCAGCAUGUAUUUAGUUGCAAAGGACUUCCAUGAGUUCUUGUGUUACUAUGAAUUCACAAUAUUUACAAAAUAUAUGAUAGAACUGCAUUUAAAAUUAAAAAAUAAAUAUUUUUGUUAAGCUACCAUUCAAAAGUUAGGGAUGUCAUAAUUAAGGUUGUUCAUUCAACCUUAAUUUGGUCGUCUUGUGCGUAUGCACUACGAUACAGCCUGUACUUGCAUUAUCAUGUUCUACCUCCUUUUAAAGCAGCAUUAAGAAGAGCACAGGAAAGAGUAUCUUUCUUUCCUCUUUCAGUGUCCCACACUACAGCAACCCAAGGAAGCUGGGGUGAGCAGUUACAGAGGAAGUCCUGCCUAUCUCCUGCAGCUAUCUGCUGGAGCAUGCUUGGUCUCCCUUUGGGGAUAACUUAUGCAUAGCCCAUUUGGACUUGGUGAGGGGGUGGAGCAUGUUCAGCACAGACCGAAUCUUACAAGAAUUUAGUGUUCCUUUUUUUUUUGGUUGUGUAAUUUGUCAAAAAAUGGGUGAUUUUUUUUCACAGGUAGAGGAAAAGUUACAACCCUGACCCUACAGUGGCCUCUCUGCUGAACUUCCUCUAUGUUCCAAAGUUCUGGAUCGUCUCAACAAAACGGUUUUGAGAUUUUUUUUUUUUAAAUGGGCAAAGAAGCAAUGUAAUUUUCCCUAGUCUCAUUCUCAGAGAGCAGAACCAUUGCAUUUUCCAUGUUGGAGAUGGCCAGCAUGGAAAAUUUCAACCUGAACAAGGUUAUAAACCCCUGUUUUCAGUUGCUUACAAUAAGUGUUGAGAAACCCUAAUUAUAUGCGGUGCUAAAAUGAUAGGCGGUACCUAUCAUUCUUACUCUGUGCUGUGAGGUAUUAUUGUUAUUGAAACCAGACACUUGCCAAACAUCACAAAUGUUAUUAUCAUUGUUUAGACAGUGCUCAGAUACUAUGGUAAUGAGCUGUAUAAGAACCUGUAUAGCAGUGGUUCUCAGCCUUUUUUGUACCAGGACCCAUUUGUAAACAUCAAUGGCCAGAGGUCCUAACCCAGUGCCCUUCACUCCUGACCCGCUGCCCCGAGGCCCCAGCCCCACAGUGUAUAGGGCAGGCACUCUGCCAGCCUGCAAGGGAAAAGCCACAGUAUCCCGCAUUUUUUUUGUUUAAAGGAGAACCCGUUUUUAAAGUCUGUUCAUGACCCUUUCAUAUAUUCUUGUGACCCACAGGUUGAAAACGCUGCUAUAUAGCAUAGAAAUGUCAAAAUACAGAUUAUGUUAUCCUUCCUAUUCAUUAAAGUUAAUUGUUUGCCAAUUUAGUACGUGACCGUGAGGUUCUGAUGUAAUUGUGCUUCUAAAUGUUACUUGGACAUGUGUCCUUUAUAUGUAUGUGUGGACCCCCUUUAAUUUUACAGGUUACACAUGAAUAGUUGCUAGAGAAAAGGCUAGUUGAGGAGAGAGGUUAAGUAUGAAUGCCCAUCAUCCAUGGGUUUGUUUGCUCCCCAUCUUGUGUACAGCUUGUUUACAUUCAGAAGAGAGCUUCUGCAGAAUCUGGGGGAAAAGAGAUCAUGUCCAGAGACGAUGGUACUUCUAAACCUUUUUAGAGUCUAGCAAGGAGAUGUGAAAGAGGCUUUUGGGAAAAUUUGGACCUCUGUUGGUAGCUAAUUAUUUUUAUCUGCUACUAAGACUAAACUUUAGUUGUUUUUUUAAAUUAUUUUACUGGCUUGAUCACGUAGAGGAGAAAUCUGUGCUUAAAAAUGUAUUUGUGUAAUUUCUCAGCAGCUUACCUCCUUCAGUUCUAAUUUGGUAUUUGAAGUGGAAAUUUAAAACCCAAACCUUGUUUGUAUACAGCUUUUGUCCCUGGGGUGAGGAUGCUGUCAUUGCACAUGUGUUGUUGGUGAUACCAUAUUUUCUUCUAGCUUUCUAAACAAAUAGAAGAUUUUAAUAUUUUAUUCUCCGACAUCCACUUAGGAUUUUACAUUCUGGUGUAAGAGUCAGAUGUUUUAUUUAAAAUUAACACUAUAUGUUCUGGCAACCUUUCCCUACCUAUCCCAAUAUUUCAGAUUAGUUAAGGGCUUCUUAUCUGGUAAGUUAUUUCAUCAAGACUGCAGUAUUCAUACACAUGUGGUUUGGUGUUUUUUUGGCCAUUUUUGUAAAUAAUCUGUUAUAUACCUUGUUUUUGUAAGAACUUAGCUUGUGUAUUUGUGAAACUUAAUUCUUACAGCUGGUUCCAGUUUUCUAACUGGUAAGCAGUUUUUGAGGGAGAUUAAAACUGGUGAGUUUUAAUGAAAAUAUUCAGUUUGGCAAAUAAAAGGUGUUAGCAGAUGUUAUCUUCAAAGUAGCAAAAUUAAAAAGCUAGGAUAGCAUUGAACCAAUGUGGUUUUGAUACACCUGAGGGAUAUUUACAAAGAGAAAAGGUACUCUUUCUCUCUCUGUCUUUCCGGAAUAAAUUAACUCAGGGCUGUUCAUCAUCUACAUGGCUGGGCCACAUUCCUUGCGAGCUGCAGCAGUGAGGACAACACACUACCUGGGCCACACACCAGUGUGAGCUGCACCAUGCAGGUGCCCAAGGCCGCAAACUACCCUAGCACUGUGAUGUGUGCCAUGUCACUAUGCCCCCUGGGGUAUAGUGCAGAAGGGAAGCAGAAGGGGAAAAGGGGCACCUGGAGCCCCUGGCUGAUGCCAGGGGCUGCAAAUUAACCUCUCAUGGACUGCAUGUGACCCCCAGGAUGCCAGUUAGACAGCUCUAAAUUGCAGUUCAAGGAUGUACGGGAAAAAGAACAGUUAUGUUUAUAGUAGGGUAGUAGGAAUGUGUCAGCUGUUUAGAAUUAGAACCAUGCUAGCUAUGGGAAAGGGGGAGUUAUAAUAUAGCUGACUUUUUUUAUACUUUUCAUGAAACCAUUUAUAUUGAGGUACCAUGUUAACCUUUCAAUAUUGAUAUUUUAGAUUGUACUGGUGCUGUAUGCCAAAAUAGUGUAUGGAUUUUGUAAAUCUGCAAACCUGAAGAUUUUUUUUGUGGAAAAUGGAGGAUGCUGAUCAAUCCCACAUCCUUUUUAAAUGGCUCAUAAUGCUGUUGGAUAGAAUGAUUUUGCAGUAGCAUGGCUGUAUUGCCCGAACUAUUGAACUUUAUUACAGGUAAAAUAAAUACCUGGAAACAUGUUUAAACAGCCUUUACUACUAAUAUGCUUGUUUUUGCCUAAGAACAUUUUAAAUGUGCAGAUAUUUAAUGUACCCUAUUGUUUUGUAAUUAGUGAUGGGAUAGGAAAAUGGGUGUCAGAAAUCCCAUCCUUUUCUCUUACUGAUCUCUCUGUAAUCUCAGACAAAUUCAAUGUAUGAUCUACAUUGUAUAUUGUCCAUCUCACUCUUCAUCCAUAACAUAGGAGUAAUACUUACUUCAUAUGGGUGCUGAGAAGUUUAGUUAUAUGAUAAUUGCAGAUGAAAGGGAGUAGAGAAGUUGAAAGUAGUGUUAUAACAUCUUUAGUGUUUGCUGUGUUUAAAAUGUGUAAUUUUCAGGGUUGCUCAAAGAAGAGCAUAAUUUUAAAUCUGUAUAAAAUUGUUGCUUAUAUAACAAUACUGUAAAAUGCACUUUGAGAUGUACUUAACCCUGAGCAUGAGAGUCAUUCUAAUAUAGUCUAUGGAAUUACAUGCUUACAGUUAACACUCAGAGUGUUUGCAGGAUCAGGGCCUUUGUUUGAACUUGAUCAUUUUUUUAGAGAUUCUUAAAUUGACUGCAUUUUUCCGUUUGAGAUUUUAAAAAAAUCAAUGGUGUUCACAUUUAGCACCUUUUUUUAACAUUGCUCUUUUUUCCAACUUGAUAGAAAUUAAUAACUUCUGCAUAAAAUAUCUUCUCAUUUUAUAUAUAAUUGCCUGCCAGUAAAAGUAGCUGUGUAACAUUUUAUAAAAAAGAAAGUCAUGCUUCUUAUCAUGUUGUAUGUGACUUAAAUGACUGUUUCAUAUUAAAACUAGUCCUUCCUUAUGUACUGCUUACAUAUACCUGUUUUGGGAUAUCAGUUCAGUACUUUUAUACAAUCUUGAAUGUGUUCCACAUUGGUGACAUGUAUUUUUGCAACAACUUUUUUUUUUGGUUAUAAAUUAGAGCAUGUCUGAAGUAAUACAUGCAUUAGUGCUGUGGUGUGUGGCAAAGUUAAUGUAUGUAAUUCAAAUUGGAAAAAAGUUUCCAGACUUUGUCCAACAUGAACCCUAUAGCAAGGGAUUAAAUUACUAUGUAAUACAAAUUAUUUCAUAUCAUGAUGUGUUUUAAGCUACUCUAUGAAGUAUGUGAAACAUUAUUGUUUAUGGAUUGGUAGCUGGCCUGGUAUUCUUGCUAGAAUGCGGUGUGGUAGAUGGUAGCAAUUCAUGAUAACUAAUACAGUGAAUACUUUUCAAAACACAGCAUUUAUGUACAGUGUGAUCUUUGCAUUUUUGCUAUUAAGUGUGUCUUGUUCUGAUUUUCUUAAUGUAUCAUUGACAAAUGGGUGCACAUUUGGUUGUAUAUAACAGGUGUGACAAUCCAAUUAUAUCACUUAGUUUGUGGUUUAAAAAACCUUUUUUUUUUUACCUACUGGACAUAGACUUAAAAAGGCAGGAGGCAGUUGAUGCUGAUGUAUUUUAAACUUAUUCUUAUAAUGGUUUAAUUCCAAGGUUUUUUCAGGAUUUGCUAUAUUAGAAUAGCUUAUUCUUUAAAAUUAGAGAGAAUUAAGUGUACUUAAAGCAAACUCUAAAACAAGGCAAUAUAACUAUGAUGUGCUAUGUUCUGAACGUGAGUGUUCUCUAGUUUACAUAAGAUGUAUUUCUUGUAGGGUGGUGUUUUUGCUGUAUGAAAAUCAUAAUAAAGGGUCCUACUCAGGCCAUAAGUACUUUUAGGAUUUGAUCCUGUGAAAUUCUGAGUGUCCCAACCCUUAACUCAAUGAACUGGGAGUGCUCAGCCCAUAGCAUAGGAAGUAUUAAUAUGGUUCUGUAUUUUGGCUAAUCUAGGUGUACAAUCCUGUACAGCCAUCUGCAGAAAUGACACAUCCCAAGAGUUUAAGAAAUACCUCUUUCUUGCAUUUCUGAGUUUCGCCUAUAUCGUGUAUUUCAGUUACUGUCUGGUAUUGAAAAAUGCUUUAACUCUUGGGGCUGACUCCAUAAUUAUUUCAUCUUCUUCUUUUUGAAGACUGUUUCAUGAAUUUCUGUGUCAGUGAUAACUGAGGGUGAAUGUUGAGUGGAAAAAAAGAUUGAGAUGUGACUGAAGUUUCAGAGAAAGGAGGUUUAUAUUCUUUUGGAUUUUUAGUCACGGAUAAGAUUAUUUUGGUGCAGAGAAACGUAAUUUAAGCAAUACUCAAUGUUCAGUAUUAUAAUUUAUGAAGAAUUAAACAAAAAUAUUGAUAGUGCCAAGGAAUGUCUUUUAUAUUUUCAGGCAUUUGCCUUCUCUAGUAUAUCUGGAUAUCCAACAAAAAUCAUGUUAAAAUUUGAACUUCCAUGUAAUAUGCAGAGGAUAAUUGUACUUUUCAGCUUUGUUAUAUUUGUUUUUUCUUUCAUUAGGUAAUAGUGAAUUUUUUUAGCUUUAAAAUGCAAAAUAUGGUGAUUGUGGAUUUUUAAAAUUUUACUAGCAAUCAUUUCUCACAACUUGCAUGUGUAGACUUGGGUAUUCUAUGUCUUUCAUGCUUUCUGACUUGUCCUUUGUUUGCCUUUUCCCUUUCAGUGUUAAAGUUGCAUUAAAAAAUUAAGGCAAACUACAGAUCUACUGCCUUGCAUAGGAUGCAUAACAUGAGCUUAUAAAUAUUGUUGACACCUUGUUUUUAAAACCAGAAAAAAUGUUAUAAUUGUCAUGUUUGUCUAGUAGGAGGUGUAUGCUGCUUAUCAGAAUGUAGAUCCUGCUUUGAUAGAAAAUGUAUAUGGCAGGUUUUCUCAAAUGCUGCAUGUAACUUUGUUGCUUUUCCUGUUGUUCGGCUUCAGUUUCUUUCAAAAUAAAGCUAAUUUCCGAGGGGAAAAAA